UUGUCUAAAGGUGACAUCAUCAAUCGUUUGUAACCAAUGGUGUCUCGUAUAUUCUUAGUAUCCAGUUAGUCGUCACGUGACUUGAAAACCAAAACAAAGAACGGUCCGGAAAGAUUGAAGUUCGCGGUAAAUACUUCGGUUUCUGUGUUUGUCGUCAAUUUUUCAGUUUUGUGUGUCCCAUUCCUAUCGAACUGAACUCAAAACAUGGGUCGUAUAUUUCUUGAUCAUCCCGGUGGAACUACACUUUAUUCUUGUGCGAACUGCGACACUGCUUUGACGAAUCGAUCGGAGUUAACAUCCAUGAGGUUUAAUGGAGCAACUGGAAGAGCAUUCCUGUUCAAAAAAGUGGUCAAUUUAUCAUACAGUGAAGUUCAAGAUAGAGUAAUGCUUACUGGGAGGCACAUGGUGCGGGAUGUUUUCUGCAAGAACUGUGAUACAAAACUGGGCUGGAUGUAUGAAUAUGCAAACGAGGAAACACAACAAUAUAAGGUUUGUGGAUUAAAACCUGUGUGGGUG